UUGAUUUUAAAAUUAUAUGCCCUAUGUUCUAGAAUUUUUGUUUUUUUUCUUUAUUUUCUUUAUUUAACAAUCUUUCGCUCUCAAUCUUUUCCGACGAGUAGGUAGGCUUUCCAAAUUCCAAUGCCCUUUAUGCCCAUUCAAGCAAGCAAACCAAAAGACCUCCUUGUCAAACGUCACUAGGCGCGUGAAAGAAUCCGAGUGUACACACACUAUGAGAAGGUCGUCAAGUCCCAGUACGUUCGAAGAACCAUAUUCUUGAGUGCUUGGUGUCGAGUCCUGAGUGGUGACUAGUCUCGUCUGGUUUCUUAGCUUAGCAAAAGAAACAAAGAAACGAAGAAAGAAAGUAACCAAACUGCCCUUUCACCCCAACCAUUUUGCUUUGGACGACUCAACCACGGUUUUCUUGUGUCCGGUGGUUUUGACUGAAAACACCCCAAAUGCCAAAAGCCAAUCUUGAAAACAACUCCACCUCCCCAGUCUUCACAUCAUUCCCCCACUGCUCUUACGGCUACUGCUGCCGCCUCAUAGCCACCUCUCUCCUCUACCUCCACCUCUUCACCGCCACAAACCCAGUUCAAGAAAUAAAGAGGGAUAGGGAAUAAAGUACUAGAAAGUUACUCUUGUCCCCUUUAAAAUUUUGAGUAGUGCUUUUGUCAUCAUGGCUGAUAGCGAUAGGGACCAUCUCGGAGCAGGAGGAACCAGCACUACUAGUUUCUCUCAGUUGCUGUUUUCCGAUGAUGAUAGCGUUGUUGGUAUUGAUAUGGGCCAUGCCCUUCACUACACUUCUUCUUCCACUGCCACUGGAAAGCCUUCUAAAAUGAUCUGCUUCGAAGGCUUUCACCAUCUUCAGGAAAACCAACCUGAUACUAAUGUUCAUCAACGUAGCGAGCCCACGACAAGCACUCUUCAGAAGUCUUCUGGGGUCACAUGCAGUGACUCCUCUUCUACUUCUUCUGCCAACAACAGCAGCAGCAAAAAUGUCAAUGUCAACACUGCCUCAAGAUCAAAUGUAAAGAGAAAAAGAAAUGGGACAGGCCAACAACCUGUGCAGUGCACUGCGGCCAUAGCAAGAACUGCUUUAACAAAUACCAGGACAUGUAAAAAGGCCAAAACAGAGAAUCUCAUUUCCCCUACCUAUCCAAAGGUGAGAAAAGAGACGCUAGGAGAACGAAUCACUGCAUUGCAGCAGCUUGUAUCACCCUUUGGAAAAACUGAUACGGCAUCAGUUCUACAUGAAGCGAUGGGAUAUAUCAAGUUCCUUCAAGAGCAGGUUCAGGCGCUGUGCUCUCUGUACCUGCAACAUCUACCUAAGAGCGAAGAAAAUGGAGAAGAAUCAAGAAAGGACAUGAGUAGCAGGGGAUUGUGUCUGGUACCAGUGGAAUGGACCCUACAAGUAGCAAGCAGCAAUGGUGCAGAUUACUGGUCACCUGCAAUGUGCAACAAUUUUUCACCUCCAUUAACAACCAAGCACUAUCAGUGAAUCCAUCCACCUGUCCAUCAACUCAUAAUUUUUUACAAUUGAGGAUCAACAAGUUAAAAAUAGGGGAAGCUUUUGACUGCUAUUUUUGGUGUAGAUUAGGUGACAAAGUAGGAAAGGAAAGGAAGGAUCUUUCCUUGGUAGUUUAUGGUAAGAAAAUACAAGUGGGUUUUAGGGUGGGAAGUGUGUUUUUGGCGAAAAUAUUCAUUUUGCUCCUGUACUUAUUAUUAGGUGAGUUUAAUUUAAUUUAU